CGCCCCUUGAAGGGACCUAGUAGUAGUAAUUAUGAAGGGAUUUCUAUUCUUUUCGGAAUUUGUUAUUUCAUCGUUUAGAUUCUAGUUUCUACAAUCCCAGAUUCAUUCCAAUCAUUGUUUAUCCAAUGGGCUGCCAAAAAAAAUUAAAUCAUCUUUAUUUCAUGUGGUCUUGGGAUUGUUGACUCUAUUGUCUGUCACUGACUCACCGUGUGUGUGUGUGUGUGUGUGGAUCAAUGGGUUCUUCUAGUGUUGUUGGAAAUACUAGUGUUGUUUGUUACUGCUGUGUAUGGAAGGGUGGUCGAGUUCUAUACGCAUAUAACAAUAACAAUAGUAAUAGUCGUGGUGAUAUUGAGAAUUUGGCUGCACUUUGCUUGGAGUUGGCUCCUCCCCAUCACAGAUGGUACUUUGAAACCAUGGAUCACAACACUUAUGCUUUUCUUAUGGACGAUGAUGGCUAUGUCUAUUUUGCUAUAGUUUACCACAGUUUUGUCAACGCCCGAGUUCUUAGGUUUCUUCAGAAACUGAGGGAUGAAUUCAGGAGACUUGUUGUUGUUGGUAAAAGAGCUUCUACCACAAGUCUCGUUAAUAAUCAUUCACUCUCUCUGCAAGAACAAUUGUCCCCUCUUGUCCGUCAAUUGGCUGCCUCUUUGGCUGAGAAUGACGUGCUCACAAACUCACCCUACAAUACUAACAAUCGCAACGGGCAAAUGAUCAACGAAUUAGGUGGCUCUUCAACAAAAUCCCCUUUGCUGGGAAAGCACAACAAACAUGACAAAAAGAAUAACAAUAUCAAGAAGAAAAUGAAGAACGAAGAACAUGUUGUAAUUGGUGUGAGAGAGAUUGAGAUAAUACAAGAGCACAGGAGAUCAUCUGCAUCAUCAUCGACCACAGAUAAUAGUAAUAAUAGAGGGGUGAGACCUGAUGAUUCCAAUGCGGAUACGAGUUCAACAAGGAUUAGGUCUACCUCUAGCACUCAAAAUCUUCUGCUUAAGAAAAAAUGGUGUCGUCAAGUGAAAAUUAUUCUUGCUGUUGAUGUUGCAGUGUGCCUUGUUCUCUUUGUAAUUUGGCUAGUUAUAUGCGAUGGUAUAAAGUGCAUUCAUUGACAAUUCGUUAGGCUUUUCUUUUUGCCAAUUUUGAUUUUAUUAUUUCCAAGUAUAUAUGAUAUUUGAAGUUACAAGCUUAUGCAAUGUAUACAUUUGAAGUUACCAGCUAUAUAUAUGCCAAAUUCAGGUCGUGUGCAACUCAUUAUGCUUAUAUGUAUUAACUAUGUGAUUUUGUAUGAGAAUUUCAUUUUCUGUGGG